GUGCUACGCUUGGGCUACUGGUCACUAGAAGAAAUGUCACUGAAGAGAGACAACGCCACUCUGCCUGAAUUGACUGAAGAAAAUGAAGACGAGAGGACACCAUCUACGUUGCAUAAACCUGAACAGGACAGCGUUCGUUUUAAGGUGCAUAUUGUUCUCAACCCUGUGGCAGGAAGACACAGCACUGCUGACGUCACGGUCAGUGGUGCUCUGACGCCGACCUCGCAGGAAGUCUCAUCCGAUGUUCACCCCACGCCUCUGCAAGGGCCCUCACGUGUGUGCAAGCAGAGCAGGAACCAUCGUGCCUCGACGCCUUCUCUAAAAGCCUCUGGCUCCAAGAGUCCGCGAGGUGUUCGCCGCGUAGAUGUCGCCUCCACUCCUGUUCAAAGAGCGGGACAGCAUCAGACCGUGAACGGCUCUGUGACCCGAGGAGAACCCUGUGACGGACAUGCUGCUGAAUCGAGUGUGGAACAGGUACGCGCGUUCCUGCGAUCGCAUACCGACUUCCUGGAGCGCUUCGUCAUGGAGGAAGUAGAACUGGAGACGCUGGAGCGGUGGAUGAUCCGAAGCACGCAGCGAGCCAAGAAGCGCCCCGACACUUCGGCUACGGGUAAGAAUGGACGGAAAACCAGUUUGUCAAGAUGGAAAUUCUGUGUGCAUGCCGACAAGCGACAGAUGCUUCAGGAACUGACGAGGUCGCUUCAGCAGAGACCAAACAAAGCUCACGUCCUGUGGGAACUGGCGGGUUGUAUCUGUUCUGCUGUGGGGGCAGAAGGCUACCAGCUCUACCUGGCAGAGAAUGGCGACCCAGAGAUGCUGGGUCUCUAUCUGGGUCAGGACGGAAGGUUGGAGAAUGGGCAGACUGUGAUGGAAAGGAUGGGGUCAGACCUCACUGUACCUGUAUAUGUAGCCAAAACGAGAGAGCCCCUCAGACUGUCCAGAGGAGAGCUCGACCCAAGAUUCCCUGAUAGACUUCCUAACAAAAAUGGAGCGGCCCAUGCGCUGUAUCAACCUGUCAUACAGACUGAUGGCCAGUUGGCCGCUGUGGUAGAGUUAUGGCGAGGCGACCCAUUCCAUGAGGAGGAUGAAGAGAUUGCCAGCAGCUACCUGGUGUGGGGCGGCAUUGCUCUGCACUAUGCACAGCUGUACCUCAGCAUGAACAAGCAGAGGAAGCUAAAUGACUUCUUGUUAGCUGUAGUCAAGUCCAUCUUUCAAGACAUGGUGAGUAUGGAUACUCUCAUUAUGAAGAUAAUGAAUUUUGCACAGCGUCUUGUGGAUGCCGACAGGGCGUCUCUUUUCCUUGUAGACAGUAGGAACAAGGAACUAUAUGCACGCAUAUUUGACAUUGGAAUUACAAGUGAGGAAGCUGCGGACAGCAAGACUGGAGGCGGAGUUUCAGGUAGUGAAGAGUCAAUUGCAAAACUGCAAAACUCCACAGAGAUCAGAUUCCCAGUUGGCACAGGUAUUGCAGGACAGGUGGCUAAAACUGGUGAGGUGCUGAACAUCACUGAUGCAUACUGUGAUUCGAGGUUCAACCGAACAAUAGACAAGUUAACAGGAUACCGCACCAAGACCAUACUGUGCAUGCCCAUAUUCAUUCGUGGCAAUGUCAUUGGAGUGGUGCAGAUGGUUAACAAACAUUGUGGAUGCUUUACUAAAGAGGAUGAGGAUGCAUUUGAGAUGUUUGCAGUCUACUGUGGCUUGGCCCUGCAUCAUGCUAAGCUGUAUGAUAAAAUUGCCAGAUCAGAACAGAAGUAUCGUGUAGCUCUGGAGGUACUCAGCUACCACAACACCUGCUCAGAUACAGAGGUGACACGUGCACAAGAGCAGAAAAUCCCAAAUUCCAUCCCUGGUAUAGAAGACUAUUACUUCAGUGUCUUCAAGCUGGAUGAUUUUGAGAAAGCCAAACAUGCUAUCUACAUGUUCAAGGACUUAUUUGGACUUUCAAGAUUUGAUAGUGACAGCCUCAUCAGAUUCACAUUGACAGUGAGAAAGAACUAUCGCCGAGUGCCGUACCAUAAUUGGACACAUGGGUUUUCUGUAGCUAACUCCAUGUAUAGUGUUAUCAAGCACACACAGAACACUUUCAAGGCCAAUGAAUGCCUGGCACUAUACAUUGCCUCUCUGUGCCACGACCUAGAUCAUCGAGGAAAAAACAAUAAAUUUAUGCUGGACACAGAAUCUCCACUGGCAGCCAUUUACAGCACAUCCACAAUGGAACACCACCAUUUUAACCAGACUGUUACCAUUCUGCAGCAGAAAGGCCACAACAUCUUCAGCAAGUUGAGCAGCUGGGAGUAUAAGCAGGUGUUGGGUUAUGUGAAGCAUUGCAUCCUGGCCACAGAUUUGGCACUUUUCUUCCCCAACAAGGCCAAAUUAUCACAGCUUAUUGCUGAGCAGACUUUCUCCUGGGGAGAUUCAGAACACAGACUACUCAUUCAGGCAGUUGCAAUGACAGCCUGUGACCUUUCUGCAAGUGCCAAACCAUGGAAUGUACAAGUGAAAACAGUGAAAGUCAUUUUUGAAGAGUUCUAUGAGCAGGGUGAUGCAGAAAAGUUGGCAGGCCAUGUACCCUCUCCUCUCAUGGAUCGUGACAGAAAAUGUGAACUUGGAGCAAUUCAGGUUGGUUUCCUCACUGGUAUUUGCCUUCCAUGCUACACUCUGCUAUGCAAGUUGAUUCCCGAGACAAAGCCAUUGCUCGACCAGUGCCAGGCCAACCUAGAACGAUGGAGGCAAAUUGAUGAAGAAAUAAAAAAACAGAAAGAGGAGAAAACUGGAGUGGAUGCAUUGUCUUUUCUGGACAACGUGUUAGAGACAUCUGAGAAAACUGAUAUGGAAGACAAAAUAUCUUCAGGAAGCUUACUGGAAGGUGAAAAGGAAGGACAAGGUACUUCAGAAAAGAACUGCAUACAGGAACCAAGCCAUCAACACAGUGAACUAACUCAUUCUAUGGAUCAAAGUCCUUGAGAAGCUGAAAGUUACUUGGCAGGUAAAAAUAUUCCUCUGAGUUAUUCAGAAUAAUUCCAUGACCUGAUGUUCUGUUUCUUUAAAAUUAAUUUCAGUAUUAUCCUCCCACAUACAUCCUCCAAGUGGCCCUGUCCCUUCAAGUUUGUGAACUAAAUUUUUGUAUGCAUUUAUCAUCUGCGUGCGUAUUACAUGUCAUGUCCAUCCCACCCUCCUUAACUGAAUCAUCCUACUAAUAUCUGGUGAGGAGUAAAAGUUAUGGUGCUUCUCAUUAUGUAGUUUAUGCCUGGCUCAUUGCCACACUUUGUCCUAUCUGACAUGUACAUCCAUUAAAUUUAAAUUACACUUUGCUAAUUAUCUUGCUGUUGAUUUCAAAAAGUCUGCCCUGUGGAAAAUUCUGACAUUAAUAAAAGUAAGAGGAUGCUGUGUACUUGCACAGGACAGUAUUAGCAUGAACUUUGCAGCAGCAAACAACCAAGAAGAGGAUUUGUUGUCAACACUGAUUAAAUAGUGCAGUUUCUGUUUUCAAGAAAUCUUUGUGUGGAGUUGUUUUAAAUGAGUCCUUAAUUAAAAGGGAAAUAUUGACCAAUGCAUUUGAAACCAACAUAAUUUGUGGUAUGUUAUAUGGAAACCAGCAUAUCAGAAAUAGUUAAUCAAUCUUUAUUAGAUGCUUAAGAUUUAUUCAUGAAUAUUUCUUACAUAACCAUAUAAAUACAAAUUUUAUGAAUAUUAUACUUGAUGGUUACAUACUAAUGUAAUUAAAGUAAAACGUUGUUAUUACAAUCUUUAAGUGAUUUUUAAGCAACUAUCACACUUCCAUUCCAUAUGUAAUGCAUAGUCAAGUUAUAAUUAAAAUAGAAUAUAAAAUUUGCCAUCAUUCAUGAUGUAUAUUUUUGUGUAUAUUUUAUCCUGUAUUAUGUAAUGUACAAAGACAUUUGAAUCUCCAAGUAUUUCUUUUCUGGAAAACAUUGAUUUGAACAGCUAAAACUUUAAAGUCCAAAUGAAAUAAUUUUAAUUUCGAUAUAACUGGAUUCAGACACCAGAUCAUUAAAUGGGGAAAAUAUUAACACUGAAGAAUAUUAAAUGCAGAUUCCUUAUUUAAUAACUAUAUAUGAAUUAUAUAUCAGUUCUCAGGACUUUUAAGUAGAGACAUUUGAAUCAAAAUAUGAUGAUUACAUACUUCUAUAUAAUGAAUAACAUUCUACCUCAAAUGUGAUCAGUGUAUACAACUCAGCAUUUUGUCAUUAGCCACUUGCUUUCUAUUAUUCACAAAGAAUGUUUUCUACAACACAAGCAUGGCAUUAACCAUGUUUAUACAGUAUUUCAUGUUGACUAAUUAUGUAUUUCAAGUCUUCAUAAUAAAAUUCAGAAACAUU